AUGGCUCCCGCUAUCGGAAUUGACUUGGGUACCACCUACUCCUGUGUCGGUAUCUACCGUGAUGACCGCAUUGAGAUUAUCGCCAACGAUCAGGGUAACCGCACCACUCCCUCGUUCGUCGCCUUCACCGACUCAGAGCGUCUGAUCGGUGACUCGGCCAAGAACCAGGUCGCCAUGAACCCUCACAACACCGUCUUCGACGCCAAGCGCCUCAUUGGCCGCAAGUUCGCCGAUGCUGAGGUCCAGGCCGACAUGAAGCACUUCCCCUUCAAGGUCAUCGACAAGGCUGGCAAGCCCGUCGUUCAGGUCGAAUUCAAGGGUGAGGAGAAGACCUUCACUCCUGAGGAGAUCUCCUCCAUGGUUCUCACUAAGAUGCGUGAGACCGCCGAGUCAUACCUUGGUGGCACCGUCAACAACGCUGUUGUCACUGUCCCUGCUUACUUCAACGACUCUCAGCGCCAGGCUACCAAGGAUGCCGGUCUGAUUGCUGGCCUCAACGUCCUCCGUAUUAUCAACGAGCCCACCGCCGCUGCCAUUGCCUACGGUCUUGACAAGAAGGUUGAGGGUGAGCGCAACGUCCUCAUCUUCGAUCUUGGUGGUGGUACCUUCGAUGUCUCGCUCCUCACCAUCGAGGAGGGUAUCUUCGAGGUCAAGUCUACUGCCGGUGACACUCACNUUGGUGGUGAGGACUUCGACAACCGUCUCGUCAACCACUUCGUCAACGAAUUCAAGCGUAAACAUAAGAAGGACUUGACCUCCAACNCCCGUGCUCUCCGCCGCCUGAGAACUGCUUGCGAGCGUGCCAAGCGUACCCUCUCUUCGUCUGCUCAGACCUCUCUCGAGAUCGACUCUCUAUUCGAGGGUAUCGACUUCUACACCUCCCUCACUCGUGCCAGAUUCGAGGAGCUCUGCCAGGACCUCUUCCGUGGCACCAUGGAGCCCGUCGAGCGCACUCUCCGUGACGCCAAGAUCGACAAGUCUUCCGUCAACGAGAUCGUUCUCGUCGGUGGUUCCACCCGUAUUCCCAAGAUCCAGAAGAUGGUCUCCGACUUCUUCGGUGGUAAGGAGCCCAACAAGUCCAUCAACCCCGAUGAGGCUGUCGCCUACGGUGCUGCCGUCCAGGCCGCCAUCCUUUCCGGUGACACUUCUUCCAAGUCCACCAACGAGAUCCUUCUUCUCGACGUCGCCCCGUUGUCUCUCGGUAUCGAGACCGCUGGUGGUGUCAUGACUGCUCUCAUCAAGCGCAACACCACCAUUCCUACCAAGAAGUCUGAGACCUUCUCUACCUUCUCCGACAACCAGCCCGGUGUCUUGAUCCAGGUCUUCGAGGGUGAGCGUGCACGCACCAAGGACAACAACCUUCUCGGCAAGUUCGAGCUUACCGGCAUUCCCNCUGCCCCUCGUGGUGUUCCCCAGAUCGAGGUUACCUUCGACGUUGAUGCCAAUGGUAUCAUGAACGUCUCUGCCCUCGAGAAGGGUACCGGCAAGACCAACAAGAUCGUCAUCACCAACGACAAGGGCCGUCUCUCCAAGGAGGAGAUCGAGCGCAUGCUCUCCGAGGCUGAGAAGUACAAGGAGGAGGACGAGGCCGAGGCCGCCCGUAUCGGCGCCAAGAACGGCCUCGAGUCCUACGCCUACUCUCUCAAGAACACCAUCUCCGACCCCAAGGUUGAGGAGAAGCUCCCUGCCGAUGACAAGGAGAAGCUCCAGGCCAAGAUCAACGAGACCGUUGAGUGGAUCGACUCCAACACCACCGCUACUAAGGAGGAGUACGAGUCCCAGCAGAAGGAGCUUGAGGGAGUAGCUAACCCUAUCAUGACUGCCUUCUACCAGCAGUCUGGUGGCGCUCCCGAGGGUGGCAUGCCCGGCGGUAUGCCUGGCGGCGCUGGUGCUGCCCCUGCCCACGAUGACGGCCCUUCCGUUGAGGAGGUCGAUUAA